AUGCCUUUUAAUUUUGAUCCUAGUCGCCGCCUGCAGGGUGAAGUGGGUUCGGUGUUUUGGGCUGAACCGGUGCCGGGGGUGCUUUUCCGAUCUGUGGCGAAGCGGGUGGCAGGCGGGUUGAAGGGGCUGCACAAGGCCGUCUUCCUGGACUGCGCCUGCCUUCCCCUCAAAAACUGUGACGACCUGUUUCGAACCCAUGGAGUUCAGUGGGUGCGAGAGGACAAGGCCGUCGUGCUCACCAAGUCGCGAAGCUUGGCAGCCGAGGAUCACGACCUGAUUACGGAACUUGUGGUCCAACGUGAGAACGGUGGAAAAUUUGUGGCUGAGAAUCCGGGUAAACUCAAGAUGGAGGAACUGAGUUACUGCGUGGAGUUGGAUUUCAAGAGCGCCCAUCCAACGCCAGUCCCUGGGAAGGACAUGAAAAUGGUUUGUUUCGUGAAUGGUCACCCUCACGACCAAGAUGUCGAGCCAUUUCGUCAGCGAGGUGUUCUUGAAGAAGAGGUUAUCAAGUUGUGCGUCUCGCUUUGCCCCGAGAUACAUUCUGCAAAGGUGGUGGUGAACGGUCCAGCCUUGGAUGGGCAGUUGGUGGACUGGGAGCUGCACAAUUCGAUCGCGAUCGUGGGAAUGGCGUGUCGCUACCCUUGCGCCAAUACGAUUGCGGAGUUUUGGUCGCUGCUGGCGAAUGGGUUGGAAGGGAUUCGGAAGGUGCCCGAGGGUCGGUGGACCAAGGACAAGGCGUUCAUCCGGAUGGACAACAUGGGGGCGACGGAGGCAGGCUUUCUCUCCUGUCCCAUCCACACCUUCGACGCCAAGUUCUUCAACACCAACGCGGCGGACAUGCACUAUCUCGACCCCCAGCAGCGCCUCUCCCUUCGCAUCGUUUGGGAGGCCUUGGAGCACGCCGGCCUCGACCCCAACACGCUCCGAAACACGCUCACCGGAGUUUUCGGAGGUUGGUGGCGGAACGACUACAAGGAAAUGUUGCAAAUGUUGGGCAUCGUGGACACGGACUUUCUCCGCGGCUACAUGGGCAACGCCCUGGGACCGCUGACGGCCCGGAUUUCCCACUUUUUCGAACUCAUGGGUCCGUCGUUCUCCACCGAGUCGGGCUGCUCGACCUCCGUGGCUGGCGUGGACAUGGCCUGCGACAGUUUGAGGAGCGACGCGUGCAACCUGGCCAUCGCCGUGGGAGCCAACUUGCUGCUGCAUCCCUUCUCGCCGUCCGUGAUGGAGGGGGUUCUGGCUCCGGACGGUCGUUGCAAAACGUACGAUGCGAGUGCGGACGGGUUUGGUCGAGCCGAGGGCAUCGGCGUUCUCAUCCUCAAGCGGUUCUCGGAUGCCGUGGCGGACGGGGACACGAUUUGGGGAUGCAUUCGAGGGUCGGCCAUCGUGCAAGAGGGGCCGAGCAAGAGCAUGGGCACUCCCACCGUCGACGUGGAGGCCAAAGCCAUGGAGUUGGCUCUGGAACGGGCCGGGGUGGACCCGAACGACGUGGAGUUCGUGGAGACGCACGGGACCGGCACACCCGUGGGUGACCCCAUUGAAAUAGCCGCCGUCGCCAAGGCCUAUUCGCGGGGGUCGAAAGGCAGGACCAAUGUGCUCACGAUCGGCUCCGUCAAGACCAACAUCGGUCACACCGAGUCGGUUUGCGGGAUAGCGGGGAUUCAAAAGUCGGUGCUGGCCAUGAAGCACGAGCUCAUCCCGAAGCAUUUGCACCUCAAGAACCUGAACCCCGACAUCAACCUGGACGCCAUUCCCGCCCAGCUCCCCCUGGAGGCCGUCCCCUGGAAACGAAGACCCAAGGGCGGCAAACCCAGAAUUGCUGGAGUCAAUUCUUUCGGCAUUACUGGAGCCCAGGCCCACGUGCUGGUUCAGGAGCCGCCAGAGAAUCUCCCUCCGCAUUCCUUCCCCUUCACGGACUCGAGAAAGCUGAGGAUGCUGACCUUCUCGGCCAAAUCCGAAGAAGCGUUCCGCUUCCAGGUGAAAGCAUACGCUGAUCUGCUCAAGAAUCUGCCCGACACAAACGAACCCAAGGAGCUGUUCUUGAGGGACAUUGAGUACUCGAUGCACACGGGUCGUCCCCACAUGCACCUCCGACAAGUGGCCUUUGGGUCCACGAAGGAGGAGCUGCUCAGUUCGAUGGAGGGGAUCAGAAAGGGCGCACCAAUUCCCAAUCAGGUUCCACAGCUCUGCUUCCUCUUCACGGGCCAAGGGUCUCAAUAUCCGGGAAUGGCCAGGUCGCUCUACGAACAGAGCAUCGUCUUCCGUUCCAACUUUGACUGGUGCGAGUCCGUGUUGAGCAAGGAGCAUGGAUUGCUUUCACUCAAAACUGCACUCUGGGAGGAACAGAAGUUGAGCGAGUUAAAUGACGGUCAGAAGUCUUUGCUGAAAUCUUCCCUUUACAGCCAAACCUCAAUUUUCGUGGUGGAGUUCUGUCUGCUUCGUCUGUGGGAAUCCUGGGGUGUCAAACCGGACGCUGUUCUGGGUCACAGUUUGGGCGAGUUCGCUGCUGCGGUGGCUGCGGGAAUGUUGUCGGCUGAAGACGCCCUCAAGUUGGUGGUCACGAGGUCCAAACUGAUCCACGCUCUGCCCGCCGCCAGCAUGCUCGUCGUCGGCACCAGUUUGGAGAAAGUGGAGCAAAGUUUGGAGCGGGCUUUCUCCAAUCAGAAAAAGUGGUUGGACGUGGCAGCGGUCAAUUCUGAGAGUCAGACCGUGCUUGCGGGCCCCACGGAUUUGGUCCACGAGUUCAAGCUCUACUGCGACAACAACGACAUCAAAACCCACGUGCUGGACGCCUCUCACGCCUUUCACUCUCAUCUCAUGGACCCAAUGCUUGCGGAAUAUGAGGCGCUCGCUCGUACGAUCGGCUACAAGGAAGCGUCGACGGGCAUCAAGUUCAUUUCUGCCGUGGAUGGACGCACGGUGAGCAAAGUCGACGCCAAGUACUGGGUGCGACACACAAGAGAAAGGGUGCGCUUUUUGGAGGCGAGCCAUGCUGCAGUCAACGAGGGCCAGAGUCUGUUCCUCGAAGUUGGACCGCAUCCCGUCCUCUCCACACUCCUCAUGACCAACGUUGACGAGGUUGCGGAUGUGGUCACGAGUGCCUCUCUUCGUCGAAAGUGUGACGAUUGGGAGACGAUGCUGGCUGCACUGGGGAAAUUGUACGCGCUGGGCCGUCCCAUCACGUGGGCCAAUUUCCAUCGCUAUUCGGGUGGGCGAAGGGUGGAGUUGCCCGGCUACCACUUUGAGGAGACGCCGUAUUGGAUGAACAUCAAGGACGAAGGGUCCAACCCCUUCCAUCCACUCCUCGGUUCCUUCGUCCCCAACCCGUCCGACGUCACCAUCUUCAAAAGCUCAGUCAACGUCCAUCGACUCCCAUUUCUCAAAGACCACGCCCUGGGCGACAAGAUUAUUUUCCCGUGCGUCGGCUAUGUCGACAUGUGCAUGACGGCCGGAUAUGCCGCCACGAUGUGCAACGAGGGCAGUUACAGCAAACCUACUUCACCUCUCUGCGUUCGGAAUUUUUCAAUCCUGACCCCAGUUUGUUUGAGUGAAAUGACGCCCACUGAAUUUCAGGUUGUGGUGUCGAAAACCGCAGAAGGUGACAUAUGCACAACUAUUUUUACGAAAGUCUUCCUGGAGGAAGACAACUACAAAUGGGUCCGCAAUGCGACUGCGACAUUUACAAGUAAUCCACCCCCACUGCAGGAAUCGGUUGUUGGAAACUUCUCCCAAAUUAAGCUUCGCUGCUCGGAACUGGUCCGGACAAACUUUAGUUACCAAGAAUUAGUGGAAUUCGGUUUCAACUUUGGUCCGUCAUGUCAAACAGUUUCUUGUGCCUUGAGGAAUCCAGAUGAUCAUGGCGAAUGGAUCUUUCCGUUUGCUUCGCACGAGUCAUCAGAGGAUCACGAGCGGUUCAUAAUUCAUCCCUGGGUUACGGACCCGAUGCUCCAGACCCAAAUUAUUGCGUCGGGUCUGCUUCAUGACAAGCAGGUUCGGAAACGUCUUGUCGUUCCCGUUCAGAUAGACAACUACACGUGGUGGGGUCAUUCUGCCCCCUCGGGUUACGUCUACAUUAAAAAUACGGACGUUGGAAACGAAGCUCAUCUUUUUGACGAUGACGGUAAACUCAUGGUUUCGAUGGUGGGGACUGAGUUUAUGGACACAACCAUCUCAAACAUCCUCUCGCUUAUCGACUCUCAAAAGAACCCUUAUCCGUCGAUGGCCGAGUACACGUGGCGAGAGAAACUGGGUCCAGAAGAAAGACGUGUUCCGGAUUCUCAGCGCGGUUCUAUCUCUCUUCAAGCCAUUCAGUCCUCUGAACCGCUCAACAAGCUCACCGCGGAUGAGCAGGAUCACUUGGAGCGAGAACACACACUUGGAGGGUUGUACAUUCUGAAGGCAAUGAAGGAACUGGGCUUAGAUCUUCAUGAGCAGUUCAGUUAUCCUGAAAUCGUCCAGAAACUCGGCGUCCGUCCCGAGUUAGACAAGUUCCUUCGGUAUCUGCUCCUGGAGCUAGUGAAAGACGGAUGGCUGCAAAACAAUGAAAUCGACACCUUCCAAGUUCCCAAGCCAUUCCCGGAGUUGAAGCAAAUUCGAUCUCAAGUCGCCGUCUUUUUGAAACAAUUGUGCAGCACGAAGGUUGUGGAUAUCGACAUGAAUUCAGUUUCCACCGUUUGGGAGCUUCUCUCUCAAAUUCUGACUGGAAAACAGUCUGCUCUUGAGCUUCUUUUUCCCGAGGGGACCAACGUUCGUGGCCCGGCCGAACUUUACUACACGGAAUCACUCUUUGCGUCGAAGCGACACAACAUGACCUCCAUUGACUCGAGUAUUUUGUCCCAAUUAAGCGAAAUGGGGGCCAAAUCGGUGGUACGUGUGCUUGAGGUCGGUGCAGGAAUUGGGAGCUCGACCACGCACCUAAUUCGUAACAUGAUCAACGCUGGAGUCAGUCACUUCGAAUACACGUACACGGAUUUGUCCCCCUCGUUCUUACAAAAGGGUCAAACGCUGUUUGAGGAGAGCGGAAUUUCAGCCAAGUUCGCCAUUUUCGACGUGGAGAAGGAUCCCCUCGAGCAGGGUUUUAUUCCAGCCCAUUACGACGUCAUCGUGGCAUCUUGGGUGCUUCAUGCUACCAAGAAUAUCCAAGAAUCAGUCACCAACAUAAAAAAGCUGUUGAAACCCGGUGGCUAUGUUUUGAUCACAGAACUGACAGAACCCACGAGACCAAUAAAUUUGCUGUACGGGGGCCUCGCAGGGUUCUGGAAAUUUGACGAUAGCAUUCGACCGUGGAAUUGCGAGCUCUCCAUCACAAACUGGGAGAAAAUCCUUGACAUGACGGGUUUUCAGGAUGUGGCCAGCUUUCCGAUUUGUGAAGAAACGAAUGCCUAUAUUAUUGCUAAACUGGGAACAAAUUCUAUAAAAAAUAAGUCGCUGGUUGAGGACGAGAAAAGCAAGCUCAAAACUUGGAUACUGUUUGGAUCCACUGAUUGCAAAGUGUCCGCAAAAGUCAUGGAUCGUCUGGCGCAGAUCAAUCACGUCGCAGUUUUAAUUACGACGGACCAACUUUACGGAGAUGCAAAACCCUUGGAGGAAAAAGUGCGUGACGUGUUUGCGGUUCACAUGAAUGAUCCCAAUCUGAACGUGGUUGGAGUAAUUUAUUUGUGCGGUUUGGAUAGCAAACUGACAAUUAAAUCUAUUUGCGAGCCUUUCCUCUACAUUUGCAAGAAUUUGGUAAAGACAACGUCCGUGAAAGUAACGGUUUUUACAAGAGGCAACUUGUGCACUGGAUCACUGGACUUUCACCAAGCGGAACCCACCGCGUCUCCGCUCGUGGGCAUGCUGAACGUUCUAUCAAAUGAGAAUCCAGACUUGAUCUGUAAAGUCGUCGAUUUGGAAGGGGAUCAGAACGUGUCCCUCCAGCACGUCGUGGCUGAAGCGUUCACCGAACUCUUUACAACCGACAUAGACGUAAUGGUGGCGUAUCGAAAAGGCCAUCGUUGCACCUCGCGACUUCGUCCUUACAAAGCGAAAUCUGCGCCACUCCCGAUUCCUCGGACCCCACGAUUCCGACUCGUCCUUCCCGCGUCGCAUCUUAUUCAAGAUCUGCACUUUACACCUUGCGAACCGGAACCAGUGGGUGAGAAGGAAGUUGAGAUAAAAGUGAUUGCAUAUGCUCUCAACUUUUUGGACGUCCUCAUGGUCACAAAACCUGACCCGGUUUUCGAAAACUACAACUACCUCGGUGUGGACAUUGCUGGCGUGGUCACUGCAGUUGGGCCCAAAGCCUCGAGAAAGGUUGGCGACCGAGUCGUCAUGAUCCGAAGAAAAGGACUCGCAAUGCCGAGCCAUCUCGUGUCUCCAGACUACAGAACACUGAUUAUCCCGGACGACAUCACAUUCGCGGAGGCUGCCACUUUUCCGAUGGGAAUGCUGACCGUUGCGUCGUGUCUUGUGGAUACAGCCAAAGCGACGAAAGGUGACAUCGUCCUUAUUCACACUGCUUCGGGUGGGGUCGGUCUACUCGGAAUCCAAAUUGCUCAGCGACUUGGCUGCACGAUAGUUGUCACGGCUGGAAAUGAGCGGAAGCGCAACUACCUCAGAAGCUUGGGACUGACCCACGUGUUCAACUCGAGAACGACCGACUACCAGACCGAAAUCCGGAGAUCGUUGGGUGGCAGAGGUGUCACAGUUGUACUGAAUUCUCUCACUGGGCCAGGUUUUAAAGAAGCCACUCUCGCCGUCUGCGAAAAAGGAGCUCGGUUCAUCGAGAUGAGCAAAAUGAACAUUUGGAGCAAGGAACAAGUAAAGAAGCUGAGGCCGGACGUGUUCUACGAAGUCGUCGAUGUUUCCACUCACACGGAAGAGAAAAUCACCGAAUUGUCGGACUACUUGCAGGAACAGCUCAUGCAAUCCCUACAAGACCGACCGACGCCGCUGCCAUUUGUACGCUUCGAUGCUGCUGAAAUUCGCGAUGCUUUGGAGCACAUGGAGAAAGUGAAACAUAUUGGAAAAAUUGUGCUCACCAUGCCCGAAAUCGGAACAAAACUUACAUCUGGGGAACCUUCUUCCCCACUUUUCAAUGGAAUAUCCACCUAUCUUAUCACCGGAGGGCUGGGCGGAAUUGGUCUCGAGGUAGCAAACUGGAUGGGCAAUAAUGGAGCAAAGACGAUCCUACUUCUUGGUCGAAGUCUUCCAAAAUCAGAUGCCUUAGACAAGUUAGAAAAGCUUCGGAAACUAGGAAUUCGUUUGGAGGUGCGCCAAUGCGAUGUCGGAGAUAUGGGUCAACUUGUGGCACUUAAGGUCAAAGAGUUUGACUCUGGUGCCCUGCCCCCUUUGAGAGGAAUUAUGCAUGCUGCUGGCGUAUUGGAUGACGCAACUUAUGAAAACCAGACAUGGGACAAGUUCGAGAACGUCUUUCAUUGUAAAAUUCAAGGGGCUUGGAAUCUGCAUAAAUUAAGCACUCAGAUGUCAUUUCCUCUGGAGCACUUUGUCCUUUUCUCAUCCGUCACCGCCACGGUUGGAGCACAUGGUCAGAGCAACUACGUGGCAGCAAACCAGUACUUGGACGCCUUGGUGCACUACCGUUCCUCCCUCGGCCUGCCCGGAACGUCAGUGAAUUGGGGGCAGUGGGGACAGGUGGGUAUAUGCGCAAAUAUUGUUGUCCCCUUUAAUAAGCCAAUCACCAUACAUCAAGGAAUUACUGCCUUGGAAUAUGCGGUAAAGAGUCACAAGACACAGAUUAUUGCUCACGAAACAGAUUUGGCUGCAAUUAAAAAAGUUCUGGUGUCCACGCGGGGACUUUUAGCAGACUUUGAAGACGACGCUAACCAAAGUCAUCGCGAAAUUGAUGGAGAUGAGUUUUGGCGAGAAUAUGACUGCGCAUCCAACCGAGACGCAAAGUGCGAUAUUGUUCGCAGAUUUCUGAAACGCCUCAUCCGCAUCACGCUCAAGAUGGACAAGAACGAAGAGAUUGAGGACCAAGUCAACUUUCAGGACAUGGGAUUUGAUUCGCUUCUUAUGGUCGAGAUGAAGAACGGGCUUCAGGCCUCGGUGGGAAAACGGGUCAAAAUCUCCAUCAAUGCGGUCAAGGAUUGCAAAACUGUGGCCCAAUUGACUGACCGAUUAGUGGAACUCAUAUCCGGGAAGGAAGAACUCGCCCCACCCACCGCGGAGGAGCUGAAGGAUUUAGUUGCUCGAGAUGCCAAACUCCCAGAAAAUAUUCGCGUCGACCCUGAAAUGAAAUCCAAACUUCGUCCUCUGUCCCAAGCAUCCACCGUCCUCGUGAUUGGCUCCACGGGAACCUUAGGCCCCUACAUCGUCCGGGAGAUAUUCAAACGGAACCAGAUCAAAAAAGUUUACUGUCUCAUGCAGCACACACCCUUGGUCUCGCCAUCUGAAAGGUUCAAACGAGUUUAUGAGAAGAAGGGACUCCUUUCUGAAAUUAAUUUGGAACAGAUAGAAUGCAUCCCGGGCGAUGUUAAAGAACUUCGUUUUGGACUUUGUGACGCAGUCUACUCUCAACUUCUCUCUGAAGUUGACGUUGUAUUUAAUCUGGCCGUGAAGGUUGCUUUCGAGGAAAUUUAUCGGGACUCCGAAGAUCCUCAAAGCAGUCGAAUCAUUAAUGUAAACGGGAUGAAGAACGUUCUGUCGUUUGCAGUGGAGAAGAAACUCAAGUACGUUUAUCACGCUUCCACUUUCGCUGCUGCGGCUGCUGUGGACACUGAUGGAUCAUUUUCAGAGAACUGGCCCGACGAGAUUGAAGUCUUUCUUCUCCCACAAUCAGCCUACUCCAUUUCCAAGCUAAUUUGUGACCGUUUGGCGGAACAGGCCGUGGCUGCUGGAGUUCCCUGCAAAGUAUUCAGACUUCCACAGAUUGGAGGUGAUGCUGUCCGUGGGGGUAACGUUCAGCUGAACAGUUUCUUGAUGACGAGAUGCUUGGCAUAUCUCUACACGGGCUACAUGCACGGAUCGUCCGUUCCUCUCAGCCUGAUGGCAGUGGACCAAUGUGCCAAACUCUCCAUGGAUUUGUUCUUUAACGAGAAAGCUGGCUAUGAAAUGUUCAAUGUGCUAAAUCCCCAUUUAGGUGACGAACGAGAGUUUGAAGCUCUUGCUCGAGAAUUCGGCAUCACUGUUACGGUGUUGGACUCGAGCGAGUUUGUGGAUAUGUGGAAGCAGAUGGAUUCCAGUGACGAGAUGGUGCAGCUGGUAAAAUUUGCAAUGUCCAAAGAUACGGAAUUGCUUCACCUUCGGGACCAAGAACUGCCUUACUACACUUCAUGGCGUGCCGGAAAUAAGGACGUUUUUCUGAGUAAAAAGAUGAAGGAACUCAUGCCUGAAGAGUACCCGUCUUGCAUUACUCCUUCGUGGGACGUGCUGCGGAGAGAUCUCCGCUUUGCUAAAGAUACUGGAAUUUUCGAUCGAUACAAAAUCAAGCACUCCAACCCCUACAUGCUUUCCUAGUAACAAUAA